AUGCACCACGUCUCGUCGGAGCGGCGUCUGGACGUGCUGGAUGGUUCGGAUGUAGACCAGGAUGACAACGCUGGUGUAUAUAGUCGCGUAUCAACUCCUGACGGCCGUUUGGACGGACCAAACGCGUCGCAACGGCUUCGAUCGUCGUCUUCUUCUUCGGAAUCUUCUUCGCACAGUUCUUCCACGUCUUCUAGAGAUGAGAAUCAAGCUUCACGAUCACCCAGUGGGGUUCAAUUACUUUCUGCUCAAGGGUCAGCUUCAUGGCAAGCUCAUAUGGACCCUCGUGUGGACUUAAAGCUGCUGAGUAACCAUUUUCGAGACGAGAGGAUGGAAAUCUCUUAUCAGCUUUAUUCUUCCACAGUAGACUUCCCAGUGGCGCGGAGACUCAUGUUGGCUCUUGUGGCCUUCGAAGGAGCGGCGUAUUUCCUCUUUCGCAGGUUCAAAGACACGUGUAUCGCGCCCUCAGGCAACGACUACGCCUGGGUGGAUCUCCUCAGCUCUUUGCUAAAUGAAGACCCUGUAUCGGCCUUUAACCAUACGGAGACAAGCUGUGUGUCAUUUAUUGAACCCAUGUCUAAGGACGAAGGCCUCACGUGGCUAUUGUGGAUUUUUGCUCCUUUUGCAGUGAUUUAUGGCAUGUUGCCUUUGAAAUACUUUGAAGGAAGUAUGAGGCUUCGGAUCGGAGUGUAUUAUAUCCGACGGCAUUGGAAAGUUAUUGCCUCUUUGAUAAUUUUGAGUUGGUCAGUGGGUCUGGCAGUAUUUGUGCAUCACGAACUCGUUGGGAUGAGGAAAAACUUGGAGCAAAGUCUAGCAAAUGGGAUGGUUUGUGCAUCCGAUACAGUGAUGCCUACGUCAUGGUACGACACGUCCGAAUGGGGGAAAAUAUCAGGAGUGGACGGCCAGAUGACGUUGCUGUCGUGGCUGCAGCUGUAUGAUAGUAAACUGGCGUAUUCCUUACUCAUGGGUCUAUUAGCGGUACUGGCCGCGUUUACCGGUAUCGUCGCCGUGGCCAUGAAGCUGGAUUUCACCCACGUCUUACUACUAGCCGUAGCCGAGUGGAUAACGACGUUGAUGUUGUGUUUUUUGGGUGCCACGCCGUUGAUUUCAUCCAGCAGACGUGUCAUGAGCAACGAGGCGUUCUUGUUCUUCCUAUGCGUGUUUCUACCUACCUGUUUUACUCUGACGGCAACAUAUUCGGAAGAUCGUGCGGCUCGUAUGGCGUAUGCCUCGAAAGUGCGUGCGGAACGUAUCAACACGACGUUGAAGCUGGAUUUAUCGGUAAAACAGAUUGGGUUGGAGAACCGUAACGCGAUGACCCGAGACGAAAAGGAGGUGUUGGAGAGAGCAUUGGGUGCAUCAGGUGACAUGGAACUGUUUAUGACAGUUUCUAUUCCAUUUGCAGACUUGAAAUUGAAGGAAAUACUGGCUAAAACACCCAAUGGAGAGGUGCUAGUGGGUGAAUAUCAUCAGACGGACGUCGUGGUCAAGCGGUUGGCACAGUCGUGUUUAACCGCUGGGGGUCUGGCUGCAUUUAAGAGCAAAGUGGAGUUGCUGGCAUGUCUCCGACAUCCGAAUAUUGUGCUGUUCAUCGGCGCUACAUUCGACAAUUUGUCAAAUGUUGGGCUCGUGAUGGAAUACCUUGAACGUGGCGAUGUGUUGUCGUUGCUGCGUAGCCCCAUCGCCUUGGCGUGGAGUGAUCCGCUACUGAAGAUCGCUACGGAUGUGGCCCAAGGUGUGUCCUACCUGCACAACUGUGACCCGCCAUUGGUGCAUCGUGACCUCAAGUCUUCCAACUUGUUGUGUACACGCACGUAUUCAUGCAAAGUCUCGGAUUUUGGCGAGUCAAAGAGGCAAAUGUUGCCUGGAAAACUGUUCAGUACGAUUGUAGGAACACCCUACUGGUUAGCGCCCGAGAUUCUCCGUGAGGAACGGUAUGAUACACAAGUGGACUGCUAUAGUUUUGGAGUGAUCCUGGUGGAGCUCGAGACGCGACGUGAGCCCUACCAUGACCUUCCAAAGGACUAUACGACAAUUGACAUUAUGAUGGGAGUAUCACGUGGUGACUUGCGCCCUAUCGUCCCUCCAUCGUGUUCACCAUGUAGACGUGAACUUAUUGUGCGCUGUUUGGAUGCUGAUCCGAAACGCCGUCCUAAGAUGACGGAGAUCCUCUACGCGCUGCAACAUGAGGUGCGCCAAGAGCUGCUGGACCAGAAUUCUACGGACGUCAUUACCGAUAAGCGCCGCAUGGUUCUCAUGCAGCAACACCAACGGCUCAAUCGUCGAGGACUUCAAGAUCUCUUGCGGACUCAUAACGAUACCUAG